AUGCCACCUGCAGAGUUACAUGAUAGUGAUUUACUGUCAGUUGCUUCAUCAACCGCACCUUCAACAGCUCAAGAAUCCUUAGAAAAUGAAAACAUUCCUGUUCAGUUGGAUGAACUGAAAUAUGUGGGAGAUAAUACUGAGAACUUUAUUGUGAAUGCAUAUUUCCCAGAAGGCGACGAACGUAAUUUUGCCUACACAAUCAUUAAAGAAGAGCCUGAAAUAAAACCUAGCUUGUGGAACAAAUUUUUAGAUUUUGUUUGGCCAGAUUAUAUCCUCAAACAUUUAGAUUAUCCUUCCUUCAAAAUCACAUUUCGUAGCUGGUGCCAAUUGUGGGUAUGUACAGUAUUAACCAUUAUCCCAGCAACAAGCCAUUGGAUGGGCGGUGCCGCAUACUUAAUAAUCGUUUUAGGGUUUAUCACCGUUUCUGGCGGAACCUCAAUUGCCAUGAAUACACUUUCCAGUAUUGCGGGGUUUAUUGGUGUUAUUAUUGCAUUCCUCCAUCAUGUGAUUACAACAAAAAUUAUUAACCACUUACAUUAUGGAAUCACACCAGAAACACUCACCAAAAACUUGGUCGAAGAAGGUCUUUGUCAUUUUGAUUCCAGUUUAGAAGAUUGUAUCCAAGAUCAAAUUUUCACUGGCAGAUACAUUACCACCACUGGUUCGGCGGUUACCAUUCUUUCAAUAAUCACAUGCACAUUUAUACUUGGUAAUAUGAGAGAGCAUUUGCAUCCAUUAUGGGCGUUAGUCUAUGUUUCUGGUCAAAUUGCCAUUUGUAUAUUUGCCUGCUACGGCCACUUUCUGCCGUUGUUUGAUCCGUUGGAAAUUGGUUAUGUUGUUAUCAAACCUUUUGCAUUGGGGUUUGUUGCAAAGAUAGUUUCAGCUUUGCUUGUGUAUCCAACCACUUCAAAUUGGACCUUCUUCAACGGUUAUACCAAAAUAUUGAAAGGAUUGAAAUCGUCUCUGGAAAAGAAUGCCAAGUUCUUUAAAACCAUGAAACCUUCGGCAUCAAAUUUUGGCAACUACAAAGCGUUCAAAAAAGAGAUCCUUAAGCUUCGUGGAUCUAUGGCGCCCUUGGAAAUAGUUGCAUCUACUAUCUGGUUGGAAUAUUCGUAUGGGAGAUUUGAUGUUGGUGACGUGGGAGAGUUUAGGUCUUUAUUAAAAAAUUUAUUUACAUCGUCAUCAACUUAUACUUAUUUUUACCAAUUAUUGGAAGAGCGGACUCAUUUUGUUAGAAACGAAUUUGCCCUUGUGAGAAAAAGGUCUAACGCUUCGUCUCAGUUUGCCCGGAAACCGGCAUUUGAUAAAACUGAUCUUUCAUACACAGAUGUGGCAGAAUACGAGUUGAAACAAAGACUGAAAAUUAUGAAAAGCAGAAUUAUACUUCAAGGAGAAGAGGACAGUAGACUUACAACUGUAGUAAUUGACGAGAUAGCAACCAGAAUUUCUCAAUAUUUCUCAGGAUUAUUGGAUAAUGCUGACAGCAGUAUCGAAGUCAUAGCUGAAUGGUUGGAAGCUGCUAACGAUUUCAGAAUAUUCUCCUGGGUUCCUGGUCAAUGGAGCAAGCAUAUAUCGGUACAAAAACAAUUAAAUGCUAAAGUCGUGGAAGCAAAGCUGGAGUUGGAAAUUGAACUAGCCAAAUUUGAUAAUGUGGAAACCCUUAAAAAGAUUAUGAUUGAUUCCUCCAAACCCGAGAAAGAAGUUUUAUUCUUGAUUAGUCAGGGGGUGUUUUUCUUGCAAAUUGUCAAAAAUCAAUGCGAAAACAUUCUUAAAGUAUUGGACUAUUGUAUCGAACUUGAUGAAAGGAGACCAACACCAAAAUUCAUAACCUAUUUUUCAAAGACCAAGUACUCAGAACCAAAGCAUUUGUCGAAUAAGAUUGAUGUAACAAACCCUGGACUGGAAAACAUUGUACGGAAAAGAAAUGCUGAUACUUUACCUCCAAUCAACUUAUUCCAGUAUACGGGGUACUUGUUCACCAAAUUAUACAAGUAUCUUAUUAGUAACGAAUUCUGGUUUUGGAUUAAAGUGGGUGGAAUCAUCACCAUCGGGGCAAUCCCUUAUUUUGUCAGGCCACUUGCAAACUUGUACUACAGAAACAGGAUGAUUUGGUUGGUUAUUGUGAUUGCAGUAUCCAUCAGUGAAAAUACUGGAUCAUCAGUCUAUGUUGUUUUUGCAAGAUUGUGCUACUCUUUCUUUGGUGCUGUGGUAGGUAUGGUUGCUUGGUAUAUUUCAUGUGGCAAUGGAGAAGGUAAUUAUUAUGGGUAUGGGGCGGUCACGGCGAUUCUUUUCAUGUAUUUCAUAUAUUUUAGACACUUUUCCGUUCACCAAACCUUAUUACCUCAAAUAUUGUACUCGGUCACCGCAGUUUUGGUUUUGGGCACUUCUUGGGUUGACGCCAAAUACAACAAACUUGCUAAUGUCGAUGUUGGCUAUAAACCAGCGUAUUUGAGAUUUAUCGGUGUUGCCAUUGGGUUAUGUCUUGGUAUGUUGGCUGUGUUGCUCCCAAAGCCUAUUUCUUCAAAAGCGAUUGUUCGUAAUGUUUUGGCAAAAACCAUAUCUGAGGCUGGUAACAUACACUGUGACGUAGCCAACUUUGCCUUGGCCCGUCUUGAAACUCCUAGCUACAAUAUCAAGGGGAGACAAGACGCGGUUCUAAGCAACUAUAGCUCCUUGUUGAUGCGAAUGGCGGGGUUGUCAAAGCUUAUUUCGCUUAAACUAGAAGUGCCAAUAGCAGGGUAUUGGCCAGAAAGUAAAUACAAACGAUUACUGGGCUUGGUUACUGAUGUUAUUCAGCUCUAUCUUAUGUUGUCGGGUGCUCUUCAAGGAUUGGAUGGUCCUGAAAAAUGGUUGCCGAUAGUCAUAAAAAGAAUAGGGUUUUGUUUUCCAGACUUACAAGCUGAAGUAUUUGCCAGCAUUCAUAUGGCAUCUGAUUCUUUAAGGACAAAACAAGCGUUACCAAAAAUUACAGAGGCCAAUAUCUCACUUAAGCAUAUGGAAUUGUUGAGACAACAAUGGGGGUUAAGAAGGAUUUCUUUAAGUGAGAGAUUCUACAGUGAUAGUGCCAGCAAAAGGGAUAUUGUUAACAAUCAGGACUCUCUGAAAGAAUUGGAUCAUUAUAAGCUUUUCAGUAACGAUGGUCAAUUGAACAUUGUGUCCUUACUUGUUGCUCAUAUGAUUUACAAUCGUUUGGAUGAGAUAAUGAUUUUAGUCAAAGGAUUGGUAGGAGAAAUCUACGAUUUGAAUGAAAGAAUAUUGGUUGACGAGGAUGACUACAUUGAAUUCAACCAUGAGUUGGAAUACUCUAAUGAUAAAGAAAACAGUGCAUUAUAA